GUUGUGGUCAGGUGUCCUGAGGAAAAGCUCUCCAGCCCAGAUCUCCACCUUCUCUUUAGAGUCUGCGUUCAUCUGCAGCCCAGCAUGCAACCAACCGAAAACUUCAGCUUUGAGCUCUGCAGAGAGACGGCAGACUGGCUCCUGGCUCGUACCAGGCAGCGUCCCAGAAUUGCCAUCAUCUGUGGCUCUGGACUGGGACCCCUCGCUGACAGCUUGAAGAACCCAGAGUCUUUCAAAUACAUGGACAUCCCCAACUUCCCGCACAGCACAGUGUCGGGCCACGACGGGCAGCUUCUCUUUGGGGAGCUGCAGGGCAAGCCGUGCGUCUGCAUGAAGGGGCGCUUCCACAUGUACGAGGGCUACCCUCUUUGGAAGGUCACGUUCCCGAUCCGCGUUCUCAAACUCUUGGGCGCCGAGACGCUGCUGGUGACCAACGCGGCAGGGGCCUUGGCUGAUUCGUACAGCGUCGGGGACCUCAUGAUUAUUCGGGACCACAUCAACUUGCUGGGCUUGGCCGGGCUAAACCCCUUGCUGGGGCCCAAUGAGGAGAGGUUUGGACCUCGCUUCCCUGCUCUUUCGGAUGCAUACGACAGCCAGAUCCGCACUUUGGCCAUGGACACAGCCCGGCGCCUUGGCUACAGCUCUUUCAUCAAAGAGGGGGUGUACUGCAUGGUCGGGGGCCCCAAUUUCGAAUCUAUCGCAGAGGCCCGACUCCUUCACGUGCUGGGGGCAGAUGCUGUGGGGAUGAGCACGGCAGCAGAAGUCGUUGUGGCCAGGCACUGUGGCUUGCGGGUGUUUGGUAUCUCGCUGAUCACCAACAAGGUGACAAAGGACUACAGCGUGAAAGAGAGUGUCGACCAUCACGGGGUGCUUGAAGUGAGCCGGAGGAGAGCUUCCACGCUCCAGGCGCUCAUCACAGCCCUAGUGGGCAGGCUGGACUCUUGCAGCGGUGGCGGCGGCGGCCAGAAGUACGACGAGACCUAUCAGAAUGGAGUCUAAAAACGCCAGGCUUCAGCUGUGGACCCAGGAGUGUGCUGGCAGCAAGGGGAGAGCCACCCGCUCCACACCGUACUCCAAACAAAAUCUGGACUGAGAAUCCAAAACUUUGACCAUGCCUGUCUCAAUCAAGUGACCAGCCUCUGCCAAGCUAGUACCCUCCAAAUGUUUUGGACAGCAACUCCCAGUUCUGGCAGUCCAAAACAUCUGGUGGGCACCAGGUUGGCAAAGGCAGCUUGACACCAACCCUGCAGAUGUCUUAGUUCUUUAUUGUAAGCUGGCCUAUCCCUUGUUGGCCCCACAAAGCCCACUGAGCCUGGGAGAGCCAAUGGUGGUACAUUGAUGAGAGGGUUGGACUAGGACCCUGGACAGACCCAGAUUCAAAUCCCCAC